GCUUUGUCCUUUUGUCUCUGUAGACUGCAGUAUUGGUACAUUCAGGUGACCUGAGGGUCGAGUCAUAAGCAAGCAGGAUGUUCUCUCAUCCGCUGCUCAGUCGACCCCAAGCUCAAUCGGUGAUUCUGAUCGGCGCUCGGGGUUUACGGCGUGAUACCAUACAGGGCAUUCAUCCUAGAUUUGCAGCAGCGGCAGCGUCGACUCGGGCUGUAUGGCGUCGACCCAACUCUACCUCUUCACGUCGUCCACCGAUUUUGAAUACAGACUCAAAGAAGAUAGACUCUACUCCUUCGCCUUCGCCUCGUGGAUCUUUACGAGAUCGUAUAUCCAAGGUCUGGUCGACCCCGACUAAGUGGUAUCCCAUACCGGUGGCUCUUGGAGCUCUGGUACUGCUCGCGGUUCAGUAUAGAAAACAGGCUCGAGAUGCUCCAGAGGUGACGAAGCAAGACGAGGGAGGGGCGGUGGUCAAUGCCGGUAGGAAGGUUGAUGGACCAUGGCAGGUCCAAGUACUGGGAGCGCUGCCAUUACGAUCUCUAUCUCAGCUCUGGGGAUAUCUGAAUUCUCUCGUCCUUCCCGUUUGGUUCAGACCGUUUGGUUUCAAACUCUACGCUACGAUCUUUGGUUGUAAUCUCGACGAGGUGCCAGAGGAUCUCAAGAACUAUGAGAGUUUGGGAGACUUCUUUUAUCGAGAGAUUGAUCCGGCCGCUCGGCCCAUUGCUGAUUCGCCCAUGGUUUCUCCAGCAGACGGUCGAGUCUUGCACUUUGGCGAGAUAGCCGAUCAACGUGUAGAACAGGUCAAGGGAAUCACCUACUCCCUUCAGGCACUCCUGGGUACCGAAGAAGGAGCUUUUGGAGAACGAACAGAAAUCACGCCUAACGCCGUUCCGUCCCCCUCUGGAUCAUCCACACCUGGAUCCCGUAUCAAAGUGGUCGAUGACAAGAACUUUGCAGAGAUCAAUAAUAUUCCUUACUCUCUCGGCAAGCUCAUGGGUACGUCACCAGCCAAGCCCGUGCCCGAUAAGGAUCUUCCGCCCAAAAGCCCGCAAGAAGAGCACGAUGCGUCCCGUAAAGAGGGUGGAGACUUUACACACGAUGCCUCGGUCGCGAUGCGAUUAGGAUCUCACGUCGCGAGUCAGGUUACUGAAGAAGGCCAAGACUUGCAGUUGUUACAUCCUGACAGAGACAAGCUCUUCUUCUGCGUCAUCUAUCUAGCACCCGGAGACUAUCAUCGAUUCCACAGUCCAUGUGCUUGGGUCGUCGAGCGGAGACGGCAUUUCACCGGCGACCUCUUCUCAGUCUCACCGUAUAUCGUUAAUAGGCUGAAGGACCUGUUCGUUUUGAAUGAACGAGUAGCCCUCUUGGGCAGAUGGAAGUAUGGAUUCUUCUCGAUGGUACCAGUGGGAGCUACGAAUGUCGGAUCGAUCAGGAUCAAUUUUGACGAAUCACUGCGGACGAACACUCGACACAUGUCUCAUCCAGCGCACACGUUCACCGAGGCUGUAUACGCCUCGGCGUCUCUGCUGCGUGGUCAACCGCUAUUACCUGGGGAAGAGAUGGGAGGAUUCAGAUUAGGAAGCACAAUCGUUUUGGUCUUUGAAGCUCCGAGGGAGUGGAAGUUCACCGUCAAGAAUGGACAAAAGGUGAAGGUGGGAGAGAGCUUGGGUCAGAUCGGGGACAAUCCGUGAACGAGGUUGUAGGCUGAGAAUGGGUACGCGAUGCAUCGUUCAGGGCGUGGUGU